AAUGAAGAUGGAGGGUUUGUUAAUGGGAAGAAUGAAGGCGGAAGCGCAUAUAUAGAUGUAGAGAUUUAUACCAAAUAUGAUGAAAAGGACAAGUUGCUCACAUGAGCACUAUACUAUACUAUACUAUAGGGACAUAAUUCAUGGCCCCCACGUAAGAGUAGUAAAACCUUUCUAUCUACCAAUUUCAUUCUCUCUUCUCUUCUCUUUUCUUCUCUUGGACAAAUCAAACUGCAAAAUUAAACAACUUCUCUUCCUUCUUAUUAGUAAUAAUAAUUAAAUUAAAGAAGCUUCUUCCAUUGUGUAAUUACACACACAGAGAGAGAGAGAGGCAACUCUGCUAACUUGUAUAGGUCAACGCCACAAGUUGACCAACCUUUGAAAUUGAAUCCUAACUCACUCACUCCAUAUACAUGAAUGAAUGAAUGAAUGAAUGGUAUGACUUGGUUGUGUUUUGUUUAGGGUUUAUAUAUUAAUUGGAGCAAGCUAGAGCCUCUUACAAUACAAUACAAUACAAUACCUACUCUUGUAAUUUUGUUUGUUUGGUUUCCAUCACAAAGAAUCUGGCACACUUUAGCAAUCUGGGCCGGCCUCCUCUCUCUACAUAUAUAUAUUAGUUGAUGUUGAUCAACAUUUCAUUCAUUCAUUUUAUAAAUUAGUGAGAUCCACAUCAAAGUUGAAUUUGAUAAUGGAAGCAGAAGUGAAAGGGUAUUGUUCUGAUAGCAGGGAAGAAGUAGAGGAAGAGGAAGAAGGUGCAGCAGAUGAAGAGAUCAUCCCAAUCACAAGAGGAAGAGGAAGCCAAAACAGCAGCAGCAGCAGGUUACAGUUUGAGUUACAGACAUCACAACAGCUGGAAGAAGAAGAAGAAGAAGAAGAAGAUGGGAGGAAGCAGGUGGAGGAAGUAGAUAUGAUGGAGUUGAGAUUGGGAGGAGGAAAAGGGAGGAAGAACAAGGAGGAAGGAGGAAGUUCAAAUUCAAAGAAGGUGGUAGAGGAGGAGGAGGAGGAGGAGGAGGAGGAGGCAUUGCCACCGGUAGUAGUGGAGAAAGAGCACAUGUUUGACAAAGUGGUGACACCUAGUGACGUAGGGAAGCUGAAUCGACUUGUGAUUCCAAAGCAGUAUGCAGAGAAGUACUUCCCAUUGGAUUCAUCUAAUGACAAAGGGAUUCUUCUAAACUUUGAAGAUCGGAAUGGGAAAAUGUGGCGGUUCAGAUAUUCUUAUUGGAACAGUAGCCAGAGCUAUGUUAUGACAAAAGGAUGGAGUCGUUUCGUUAAGGAUAAGAAGCUUGAUGCCGGUGACAUUGUUUCAUUUCACCGUGGCCGUCAUGAAUCCUACAGACACAGGUUGUACAUUGAUUGGAGGCCAAGGUCUCACUCUCAACAUCCUUACCACCACCACCACCACCUCAUCCCACCACAAUAUCCUCCUCCUCCUCCUAAUUUCUAUCAUCACUACUCAUCAUCAUCACCACUAUACACCUCACAGUAUUACCCCGCCACCACUGCAAUACAUCCUCCUCCUUAUCCUCAAUAUUACAACAACAAUUUUUAUAAUACUAGUAGUACUACACUUCAUCACCAACAACAACAGUACCACCACCCUUCUCCUGCUGCUGCUGCUGAGCACUUUAGUAAUAUGAAUCCCCUCUAUUAUCUCCCCUCCUCUCCAAUCACGCCUAUGGCAACAAGUGGCGGCAGCAGUGGCGGUCUUCAUCAACACUUGCAGGGGCAUGGGCAGCAACAAGAUCAGAGAAAUGUGAAUGUCCCAAUUAAUAUGAUAAUUGAUUCUGUGCCGGUUGCACAUCACCACCGUGGUGGCAAUAAUAAUAAUAAUAAUAAUACUAAUAGUAGCGGAAAACGGCUGAGGCUAUUUGGGGUGAACAUGGAAUGUGAAUCUACUUCUUCUGCUAGUUCAGCAGCACCGCCACAACAUGUGGCGGCAGCAACAACGUCAGGGGGAACUGCAGUGCUCUUUGAUUUGGAUCCCUCAAAUUUCCAAUAUCGGCGCCAGCAGUGAUGAUCCAUCAUUGAUCAUUUUGUUUUGAAGUUAUUACUAGCUAGUUGUUAGAGUUAUAGUUUGGCUUGGGCAGGCUGGCUGGCUAGUGCUACACUCUCCUUUGCCGCAUUUUUUAUAUUUGUUUAAUUUUCUCAUUUUGCUAGAAACUAAGGCAAGAGCCUAAAAAAUUUCUUCUUAAUUAAAUUAAUAGCCAUCAUUUGAUCAUUAGUGGUUAGUUAUAUAGCAUAGCAUAUGAAACUUAGCAUCUUCAUAGUAGUAGCAACGAACGUUUUAUGAUAUAAAGUAAAAAGCGGUGAAAGAGUUUGAUAUAUA